UGGAAAAGUCACGGUAUAACAGCAGUCUUUUAAUGAACAUAAUUAGAGCCUUUAACGACGUAAAAUGUGAAGUUGUAUGGCUCCAAACUAGACCGCCGGUGGUUUUGACGAUUAAAGGGCGUUAAAAAAACAGCUUUUUAUUGCAUCGUGUUAAGAAGGUAUCUUUGGCAAUUUGGGCUUGCCAUAGAUAUCCUGAUCUGGACAGACGAUCAGGUACCAACUGCGAGCAGGACACCGAGCCAAACGGCUCGUCUGGGGCGAACAGACGGAGCCGCGGAGAUCAUUGCUUCAGGGUACGGUACAGAGUGAGGGGGUCCGUGUGCCGUUCUCUCAGCUCCUCGGUGUGCUCAUGAUGUAGGCCUAGGCCGGUAACCCUGCUGGAGGACAGAGCAGUGGAAAUUCCACACAGAGCAAAAGAAACAAGUAUCCAUAAUUCAUGUGCCCUUUAGUGUUGGCUGGGCAAGAUGAGUACAGACAGACCCAAACGGAAUAUCAUCAAGAAGAAAUAUGACAUCAGUGAUGGCAUGCCAUGGUGUGAAGAACGUCUGGUCCGAAAAGUUCUUUUCCUGUCCCUCAGGGAAUUCAGAGACACACAUCGUACCACACACAAACACUCACACAUACACACACGCACACACAAAUGUGCAUCAAAAAAUACACUCUUACAUACUCCGCGAAAGAUACAGACACUGCCUAAGACACACACGCAGAAAAACACACGCACAAGACAGAGUGUGCACACACCGCAGCAAAAAGUCACGCACACACCACAAAACACACAUAGACAGAAAAACAGACACACUGCACAGAAUAUGCACAUUUCAAAACACCUAUGCCCUCAUGAACACAACAACAAAGGGCAAAGAACUAAAUUGUCUCAAGGCUCAAACACACACAAAAAUAAAUGUUCCCACAGACUACAGAGUAUGCAAACGCAACCAAAAAUUUGUACUAGGAAAGUAACACAUACUGUACAACAUACACAUCUUCAAGAAAAUAAACACAUGUUCCAGAAGUAUUCUGCAUCAACAAGGACACUACGCUCACAUAAAACACAAAAUACACUCUCACUGCUGAACUCGAAAUACAUAAAAACUGCAAAAUACACACAUAGAAGUCAGCACAAGCACUUGAAAAACACGCAAGCACUGCUGAGCACUCCAGUCGAGGCCAGGACACUGAGGUCACACACUCCCACAAGCCUCAGUGGAGCCAUGGUUAAUGGCAUCAACCGGUGUGAGUCCCUCCUGUCAUCGAGUCCAAGCUGGAGCUGGUCCUUACAGAAACGGCCUCAACAGUGCCGCCCUGCUAGCAUCAGUCAUGACAAGGGUGACAAUUGCCGCAAAAGGUCUGCUGCUGUGGUGUGUGUUUGUAUGUGUGUUUGCAUGUUCAUUACUAUGUGUAUGACUGGGUUAUAAACCGUUUGAGGAAAAGCAUAUAUGCUGCCACCAACCCCACACUGGCAAGAAGACUCCAGUACUAACCAUUUAACUUUAACUUUAACCAUUUAAAUUUGUGUUCAUGCCAUUCAUAAUUGGAAAGCUAAGAUUCUUGUGAAUCGAUCAAUGCAAACCAUUUCAAGAUACAAAUCACAACAGCGUGUACAAUCAGUGCAAACUACAAACUACUGAUUAUAAAAUUGAGGCGACUCACCAGUCGAAGUCUCAUAGUAAUCCAACAAUUGAUAACGCUCCAACAAAACUGGUCUUGUUAUAUUAGGAAAGGUUCAGAUGAUCCAAGCCAGUAAAAUAUUUAAUACAAAGCACUAUAAUAAUCCACAGAAAAUUGUUAUAUCAUUUCAAAUUAGUAAUAGUCUCAGUGUGCUAGUAUUGUUCUAGUGUUCAGUGAAGCACAUGACUACACUUUUAUUUACUACUUUCACACCCACAGUGUGUUGAGUUGAGUGUAUUUAUAUGAACUUCAUUAUACAGGUUAUGGUAUCACAUGUGAGGAUCGUAUCCUGUCUAAUAUGCUAUAUAGAGUACAAUCAGGACCAGAAACCAGGAUAACUGUGGCAUGAAAACAGUUUUCCAGGUUUCUAAUCACUGUAUCUAAUCAUUGUCUGUAAUUACUGAACUGAGCUGGUGCCUCCCCAACCUUGAGUUACAUAAGCAGUUGCUCAUUUAAUGGACAAAUAUGAUGAUGCAAUGAACAUUAUACAUCCACACACCAAAAUGAAAGUAAAAGUCUGAUUAUAAUAGAACAGAGGAUUCAUUUUAUUCAUCAGAUGGCACAUACAAAAGAAGCAGAAUAGUACAUGCCCUGAAAAUGAACUAAACUGUGUUCAUCCUCACUAACCCACUGUUAGUAGAGAAAUGACAGGGAGUGGCUGAGAGUUGACCGAUCUGUACCGAUCACACUGAUGUACACACCGCAGUCAUGAUUCUGGAGAGGUCUGUGUGUAGACAUCUGUCAACCCAUAACCCAUAGUUCAUGUUUUUUAGUUGUCUGCCUCACUUGCUUCUGAUGAAACACAUACACUACCAUUUUAUUCAGCACAGCUGUAGCUGGUAACAGCUCAUGCUUUAUGUGUGUAACUGCAUCUCAAAGCAUAUUUUUCUGUCAUCUUCCAAAUUGUGUCUGAGUACACUGCAGUACAGUAGCUGACCAGUGAAUGAUAGAUGAUUGCAGCUUGUGCUGCUUUUGUUAUGCAGUUGGUGUAGACAAGGAGUAAGGUGGCAAUUUCAUGCCAAAAUAAGUACCCAAAUUGCAUUGUGCUGUCUGAUUUGAUAAAAAACUACCUGCCUUUAUAAGUGGGCUUGUUUGAAGGCAAUUAAAUACCAAAGUAGGACCAAAAAAAAAAAAAAUUGUGCUUGAAUUUGUGCUGUUCUUCAACAGAGACUCCACCUCUACUGCUAGCCAUAGCCUCCAGGUACACCAGCUAAAACUAAUGGAGUCUAAUUGUCCUGGAAUUAACAGACCAAGGCUGCAAGCACAGAGGAAAUUUGCCCAGUCCCCUCCCAGCUCUCCAGGACCUCCAAUGAUGAUGACAUCAGAAAGAAAUAACCACACCCACAACCUGGCUGUAGUCACAUGCCUGACCAGACGUCGACCCAAGACUGAGGACUUCCUGUCUUUUCUCUGUUUGAGAGGUUCAGCUGCAUUGCCCAGCAACAUGGCUUUCUUAGUGAGUGGACAAGCAAAAGAGCAAGCUGGCACAGAGCAUCUUACUUCCUGUCUUUCCGCCAAUCACAGGACUGCAGCUGAGGGGAAGAAUAUGAGCACAUUCAGUAGAAAAACAGUGCAGCGAGACUCUAGGUCUCUGAGAGGGAGUGGAGGCUCUGUGGCAGUCAGCUCCUUCUGCCCUCUAAGUGCCCGGGCAAGGAGGAGGAGAGAGAGAGAGAAGCGAGAGGAGGAACAGCAGAGUAGGUGCAGAGAGGGGAUGGAGGAGGACAGGAGAGAAGCAGCUGAGAGACACCUCCUGAGACCACGCCAGCUCUCCCUACAGGUCAGGAGGGCUAAUAAGGUUGCCAUGGUGACUGGUUUGUCUGAACAAAGAACAUCGUAUGUCAGAUCAGUCCCUCUCUUAAAGCCUAGCACAGACGUUGGUAGCAGACAAUCCUCCAGGCCCUGCACAAGACCUCCUCCUACCUCUAAACCAAGAGGCCAUCCCCAAAGCAGAUCCCAGGAAAUCAACAACAAACACCUCUCCCAACAUAUCAACCAAGAGCUGCCUCACAAUCAGCACCUUCCUAUCAACCGCCAAACAGUGUCUAACUAUUAUAGCAACCACAAGACCUUCAGUACUCUCCAGGACUCAGGAAGAAAUUCAUGCAGGACUCCAGUUCAAAUGACAUUGACUAAUGGUUUAAUCAUUAGACAGCAAGGUGAGAACCCUGGGGUCCUGAGAUUGUCCAGAAGGAGGAGAGGCCUCCCACCAGACACCAGCCCUACUCCUCUGAACUGGGUUCCCCUGGACAAUAACUCAUCAAAGAAGUGCAGGACAUUGCAAUACAAUGAUGGUGAUGUCCAAUUGGAGAAUGACUGCCAUAUUAGUGAGAUCCCACAGAAGGAGGCUGACUGUGAUGAAGCUGUUAGAGAGGAGUAUGUGAACCAUAUUGAUAAAAUCACUGCUAGCCAUGAUGAAGAACUUAGACAAGACAGAUGUGGCCAUGUAGGAGAGAUGAGAUUAGAGAGGGGCAAUUGUAUUAGUGAAGACAUAGUAGACAAGGUAAAUGUUGAAAAGUCAAGUUUGGUGAGGCACACUGCUGUGGAGUCCUCUCGAAAAAGGGUCAGCUUUACCAACAUCAUCACAAACUAUGACCUCAGCCCUGUCAGUGAGGUCAUAUGCAGACAUGUGAGAGAAAAAAGGCUCCAGAGAAAUCAGUCUGCGUCAUCCACAGUCCCUAAACCAAUUACCAGGAAUGCUGAUUCCAGGAUUUUUGCUAGAGCUGUUACUGAUAGGACUACUGUAACUAAAGCUGCUAUCAAGUCAGUGACAUCUACACGUGUACACACUAACCCACUAGCCAGUUAUUCUGCCAAGCACACUUCUAGGGACACUAACAAAGGUACUAUUAAGGACAUUACCAAGUAUCCUUCACCAGCCAGCAGUUACUCUAUCCACAAUUCCAAAGGUGCUGCAAAAGCCCCUUCAGAGGGCACCACAGAGGUCUCGGCUAAAGACAGUCCCCUUGUCAGUAGCUAUUCUAGGACUUCUAAGGGCUCCAUAAAGGGCCUCACCCAGACCAAGUCAACUACCUCAGCUGUUAAAACCAGGACCAGCCCUAGAAUUCUUCUGAAACACUGAUGUUCACCAUCAGAUUCACUUUUUGCUACAGUGAGCAUUAAAUGUUGAAAACAGUUAGCAAAAUAUUUAAAACAACAUUCAACAUUGUGGAUCAUAGGCAAUGCAUGAUGAUGGUUGUUGGCUGGUUGGAUGGUGAUGUAGUGACUGUACUGUUCUCUUUGCUGGUCCACGAUUGUGGAAUAAUUUUGAUUCUGUAUGUAGAAUAGAUAAUUGGAAGGCACAGCAUAAUGGAAGAUUUGUUAUUUAGUGGACAGUACAGUGAAAAGUCACUUAUGCAGACGCUUCCCUGUUGUAUCUGAAACAGCUGCUUGAUAUUUUUGUAUUAUUAUAUUCACAUGAAAAAGGUACUGCUUUCAUCAGAGCACAUAGUUUAACUUGAGUCCACUGAACAGUUUUCAGUAGCCACUUAGAGAAAGCCACCAGGCAUAUGGCUAUGUGCCAUUGCACUGGACUUUUUGUCAGUCCGGUUACAGAACAGUCCUCCAACAUAUCUCUUGCCAUUUCGUUUAAACUGGAAUACUCCAUUCAGGGUUGUCUAGAUCUAUAACAGAAGGCCUAAAGGUUAAGCAGCUAAAUUUCUCACCAGAAUAAAAUUAUAGGUUUACAUUUUUUUUCAAGUCUAUGGAUUUUGUCUAGGAAUGAUUUUGGCCAAAACUGACAGUUCGGUCCAAAAAUACAAUCCAAGUUUAGCUGAAGUUGAUAUGAGACUUAAGAUGUCUAAAGAAGCCGGGAUCAGACUUCACAGAUCUAACCCAAUUUUGAGACCAUUUUGCCGACCAAUUACCUGCAUCGUGGCCGAUCAUGAAUGACAAUGGGGCAUCUAUACCAGUGUAGUGUGACAUGCUAAACUGUUGUGGGGUGUCCCAGACGUCAACAAAAAGACAAGCAUGUUAGAAUUUUUUUGUCUUGACACGCCUAGUGUGACAUCUCACACAACGUGUUCCUGAGGGUUUACCAAUCAGGUGCUCUCUCCAGAGCACAGUCAGAUAACCAUGACAAAGAGGAGGAGGAGGGAUGCUGAGGUUGCUGCUGUCAGGUAGGACAGUGAAAGAGAGGGAAAGUUUGUUGAUUUGUGGCAACAGUAUCACUGCCUAUUUGAUGUUUCCUCGAGGGAGAACCAUGCCUGCAUCAAAACAGGAAUGUGCUUACCAUUACUAAUUCCAGAUCAAACGUUAAAGUAGGCUGUUUGAAGCAGCCAACACAGCCAAGCCUGGUCCUUGUAGAAUAAAUAACUAUGUAAAUAAAAUUGCUAUAUGUGAAACUCAUUGUACCUGUCGUAGUUGUCAUUCGGAUGUAAAGUAGUAGUAGUAGAUGUAUAGGGCUGAAGUUAACACUGUCCCUUGCAUAUACUUUUGCAUCCACAGAUGUUUUUUCUUUUCUUUUUUUUCGGUUCACAAGACCGCCAGCAUCACACACAACGCUUCUGUCAUUUUGUCAGUUGCUUGACAUCUGAUGAAAUUGUGCGCGAUUAUGGAUUAUGCUGUGAUUAUUUGGGGUCAUACGCAUAGUUUUGCCAGUCACUUGACCAAGACAUGGCAAGAGUUUAUAGCGAUGUUAGAUCUGACAUGGUGACCAUUGUCAGAGACCAAAAAAUCAAGUAAUCAUAUCCUGGCAUUAGACAAAUCAAGUGGAUACCUUCAAAAGUCUUCCUUUAAUAAUUAACAAAUUAAUAAUUAUUGCACAUAUGGGAAUGUGGGUCUUGUUUUAAGACAGACUUGAAACAAUGUGAACCUAGCCUUUCAGAAGUCAGCGACACAUCAUAAGCACAUGGACACGUCCAUCUAUUCCAUCCACACCUGUGACAGCCUCCACCCCCCCCCCCCUUCCAAAAUCUACUAGUUUGUUCAGAGAUCAAAAGUAGAUUUCAAGUUGGUUACAUGCGAAGUGUACCGUAACAGAACUGCUGGUGUUUUGAUUUACUGAUUUAUUUAUUGUAUUUCCUCCUCCCCGGCCACUGGAGCCUUUUGUGCUCAUACUUGAAGUACUGUUAAGUUUUUGUUUAUGCUUCACUAGUCAUGCUACAAACAAAACCACAUAUUGACACGUGUCAUGCUUAUUUCACAGUCUGUGUGGAUUGAUUGAUUUAUAUUUGUAGCAAUAGAAGGAUAUGUGUUUUGUGAGGUGAGUGAACAACAGAAAUACAAAGAAACGCCUCAAUAAAUAGUGUAAUGUGAUUUGACCUUCACUGUUAACAUGGCCACCAUCCUGCAUGAUAAAUGAAUGUCUCCACACUCAAUAUUGUGGAUAUUAUUGAAAUGUUAGCGGGUGUUAGGAGUACAAAGGGUGCUCUCAGGUACUAAGAGCUGGUUUCUACGCUGAUUUGGGGGAGGUUGAAUAGAAGAGUGGUAAAAUAUUAUGACUGUACUAAAUAAAAUAAGUCAGUACAAUAAUUAAUAUUGCACAUUUCCUCACAGUCAAGCUCCUCUGUGAAGAAUUUUAAAAGAAAAUCUAGUGACUUU